UAUUACAUACAAUCCAACCUAUUCCAUGACAUAUGCUUAAUCCCCCCUUUUGGAACAAGAGCCAAGUCCCCAAAAAUAAAUAAAUACAAAAUGAUCAGUCCCUGGUAGUGACCCAAUAGGUGUCGCCCACUAUCUCAUUGAAUAUUCAUAAAAAAUCUUGCCUUCGAAUGGAACAGAGGAUUUUCUUUUUCAAGUCUCUUAUUUUUCAAUUCUAUUAGAAACUGGCGUUGUUAUCGCUUAGUAGCUGAUAAGAUUGAAGAAUUAUAUAUAUUCUAGCAAUGGAAGGCUAUGAAGAAGGUGAAAUUAGUAAUUUUACUGGAGAAAACCCGGCCUCAGACGUGGCCGCGGUUGCAAACUUAGGUUCAGGACUGUCAAAUUUUGUGGUCAACGAUGUCAAUUUACAGUCUACUGUUACUAGCACAGAUAAUAUUCGUAAUAUUAUUCAAGAGGAAGUGAAUAAACGUCUUGAAGAGUCAUUUCGAAAUUCACAAACGGGAAAAAAUGGAGCCCACCCUAUAAAUCUCGGAGUCUUAACUUCCGGUCCAGUUCUGGUAGGUCCCGGAGUCCAUACGGCCGUUCUAGAUCUCCAGUUCGAAGUGAGUAUCACUCUAUUUCUCAUCGUUCUGGUCCUUCUAUGCCUCAUCGUUCUGGUCACUCUAUUCCUCAUCGUUCUGGUCACUUGGUUCAGCAUUCCACAGUUAAGUCGUCAACCGGAAGUAUAAAUUCUUCACGCAUGCGCACUGUUAAUACAGCAAAUGAAAGUAUUCUUUCUUUGGAUAAGUUGAACAAUUCUAAAGAUUCUGAUGAUGAUAAACAGGAUGAUAAACGAUCUUCCCAAUCUGAGACAGUUAGUUUAGUUAGACAAUUGUGGGAUUCUACAAUUUCUGCUCUAGAAGGUGAGGGUAGUAAGGAUUCAAAAAGAGAAACUUUAUCUAUGGUUGCUCUUCAACAUAAACAAGAUAAGAAAGAAGUCAAUAGUUUACCUUGUCCUCCAAUUUUUCAUCAACUAGUUGAGGACAUUAAUUCCAAACUACUUGAACCUCAGUCUACCUUUGCUAAGAAAACAAGUUUUUUCAGGGUAAAAAACACUUCAAGGUUUAAAAUUUCAAAAGUAGAUGAGUCCAUUCUGAAACCUCAUACUGUCAAUUCUACUUUAGCAAACCUAGUACCAAAUGACAAGACUUUUAAUGAGUUCUUUGACAAUGGUAAACCUGAUACCAAGUUAUCUAACAAAUCCUGGAGUCAGUUAGAGGAAAAUAUGAGAAUGUCUACAACCUCUUAUUCAUGGUGA